UCGGCCAUAAGAGGAGACAACUGGGUCAAUCUGAUCACUGGCUUCAUAACAAUGGCAAUGUUGAAAGCUGUGAUUCCAGUAGCAAUCCUCUAUGCUCUGAUAAUGUACAUGGCAGCACCUGAAACCAACAUGCAGUACUACGACGUUAUCUGGCUGUGUGUGGUGUUAAGUCCUAUAUUAAUCUGCGCGAUAAGAAAGGUUGCCUACUUUUAUCGACACAAGAUGAGCUACUGGCGGUUAUUUAUGCCAGACACGGAACUUUGGGGUCCAAAAGCAACAGCGAACCGUCUCUUGGCCGAGAAAAACGAGAAGCUUGUUCGAUACUAG